AGGAUCUGCCUAAAGAGAACGCGGAAGCGCCGAGACGAAAGAUUACUUCGCAGCAAAGGAUUUCAAGAGAAAAAAAAGCUUUCAAAGGCGAAGAAGGAAUGCAGAGAAGCUUGAAAUUGUCAACGGCGUUGUUGGUUGUGUUGGUUUUGAUUUUCAGUUCGAUAAUGGCUGACGGUGCUGCUGGAACAGGCGGUUCUCCUGCCUCCUCUGAAGCUGCAGUUCACAUAGUUUACACUGAGAAGCCCGAGGGUGAGGAGCCCGAAGCUUUCCACAUCAAAACCCUUGCUUCCGUCCUCGGCAGCGAGGAGGCUGCAAAAGGGGCAUUACUUUACAGUUACAAGAAUGCUGCAAAUGGGUUUUCGGCUAAACUCACACCUGAACAAGUCUCUCAAAUCUCAAAGCAACCAGGCGUCCUUCAGGUGGUGCCAAGUAGGACCUUACAACUGCAUUCAGGACCUGCCAAGAUACACUAGAACAAGUGAAACCCUUCCCUACAGAGGGACUAGCGGAUCCCUUAAAUAGGCUUUAUAUGUAUAAGUUCCAACUCAUCCAUGGCAUGGUAUUUACGAUAUUAUGGACCUGAAACUGUUCUUGAUGGAUUUACUCAGGAUAUAUAUGUUAAGAGUUGUGAAUUGUUGACAUUUAAAUAAAUCAUAGUAUAUAAGUUUGUUAUACAGACUUUA